AUGUCGCAAUAUUCCCACCUCAUCACUCCGGACUUACAGUACAAGAGCAACCUGCCUCCGGGGGCCGAUCUCACUGAUUCCUAUGUGACGAGUCCAUUGAUCCACAAUACCACUUCGCUUCAGUUCUCAUCGAGCUGGGCGUCAAGAUUCAAAAGCGUCUACGCAGGCGAGUGCUGUCUGCGCGGUGUUAUCUUGGUUCAUCUUGAAGUGCUUUCUGAUCCCUCUUCUGAAGCCGAACGACAGCUACCCUUGCCCGUGGCGAUGGCCGUCUAUGCCGGAAGGAUGGUGUCAGGAAGAGGUGGUAUGAACCAUGAUUAUGUUAUGUGA